AUAUCAAGCAUCCAGACGCAAGAUCAAUAAACAAUCCUCUUCUUCCUUCUUAAAGGUAAACAAAAAUUGUUGUUAUUAUAAAUAAAUCUCGGAAACCAGAGGAAGAGCUGGGCAAUUAAUCUAUAAAAGCCUUCAUGAUUUUUCUUCAAACAUAUCCCUAUGUUUCUUAAUAAAUAAUAUCAAUCAUCCACAUGCAAAAUCAAUAAACAUCACUCUUCUUCAAAAGUAAACACAAAUUGUGUUCACUUCUUCUUCUCCUUCUUCUCCAUCUCUCCUUCUUCUCCAUCUUCUCCAUCUAUGGAUUUCAACAACUCUUUUCCACCCUCCACUCCUUCAAUAUCCAUUUCACCCUACCUACGUCACAACAAUACAAAUCCUGUUAUUUCAUCCGUCCACAGCAACCACCACCGUCGCGACGUUAUCAUCGCCAUCAUCGUUGCUUCCAUAGUGGCUGCAACGGUGUGCAUUUUGGUUAUCCGGGCGAUCCGAAGAGCCUACAGCAUGCCUCCUCCACUUGAGAUAGUGCCUCCACCGGUGCUUAUUCUGCCAAGGCAGAUGAUUUCUUCGUCGUCGUUCUCUUCGAAUCAAAGGGACCGUAUCAGAGAGGAGCAAGAUGUCAAUUUAGAUGGAAGAAGAUGAUGAAGAAUGGAGAAUAAUAAUUUUUUUUAUAGGUUUAAAUAUCCAAAUUAGACUUUGAGUUUUGAUCAUGCAUAAUACAUCCAAACUUCGUUGUAUUGAUAUUCGCUGAUGACGUUCACAUAAAGAAAAUGGAUGGAAAGUUGGUCAAUUUUAUUACUA